CGCGUCUUCAUGGACGUGGCCGUCGGCGACGCCCCGCCGCGGCGCGUCGUCUUCGGCCUCUACGGGUCCGUCGCGCCGCGGACGGCCGAGAACUUUGCGGAAUUGUGCGGGUCCUCGAACGCGGUGCUGGGCUACCGCAACUCCAAGUUCCACCGCGUCAUCCCCAAGUUCAUGAUCCAGGGCGGCGACUUCACGCGCGGCGACGGCACGGGCGGCACGUCCAUCUACGGCGGCACGUUCCCCGACGAGAACUUCGACCUGCGCCACGCGGGCGCGGGGACGCUGUCGAUGGCGAACCGGGGCCCGGACACGAACAGCAGCCAGUUCUUCGUCACGCUCCGGGCGACGCCCCACCUCGACGGCAAGCACGUCGUCUUCGGCUGCGUCGUCGACGGCUUCGACGCGGUCAGGGCCGUCGAGGCCGCGGGCUCGCGGACGGGCCGCGUCGCCGCCUGUGCCGAAACCAAAUCU